AUGACCAUCCCUGAAAUCCCAACGAAACAGAAGGCAGCUAUCUUUGACCAACCAGGCACUAUCUCAACCAAGAUUGUAGAGAUCGAUGUCCCCGAGCCUGGUGCCGGUGAAGUUCUUAUCAAUCUAACUCAUUCUGGCGUGUGCCACUCCGACCUUGGAAUAAUGAAAAACACAUGGUCGACACUACCUUAUCCUACACAGCCAGGUCAAGUUGGAGGCCACGAGGGUGUGGGUAAGAUCGUCAAGCUUGGCAGCGGCACAGAGGGAAGCGGCUUGCAAAUUGGAGAUCGAGUGGGCAUCAAAUGGGUGUCGAGCGCAUGUGGAAACUGCCUACCUUGUCAAGCAGGAUCAGACGGACUAUGCUUCAAGCAGAAAGUCUCCGGAUACUACACACCCGGUACAUUCCAACAAUACGCCUUGGGCCCAGCCAACUACGUGACCAAGAUUCCGGAUGGACUAGACUCAGCAGAAGCAGCACCAAUGCUCUGCGCGGGUGUGACCGUCUACUCAGCCCUGAAACGCAGUAACGCGAAACCCGGCCAAUGGGUCGUUAUUUCUGGGGCUGGUGGUGGUCUCGGACAUCUAGCAGUUCAACUCGCCAGCAGAGGUAUGGGCUUUCGUGUUGUCGGAAUCGACCACGGGAGUAAAGAACAGCUUGUGAAGGAUUCCGGCGCAGAGCACUUCGUCGAUAUUACCCAGUUUCCCAAGGACGACAAUGGUGAAGAAUUGAAGAAACACGUUAAAUCGCUUACGGAUGGUCUGGGUGCGCAUGCAGUACUGGUAGUCACUUCAUCGAAUGCUGCAUAUGCGCAGGCUUUGCCGCUGCUGCGUUUCAAUGGCACGCUUGUCUGUGUGGGAAUCCCUGAACAUACCCCUCAGCCAAUUGCUACUGCCCUUCCUGGUAAAUUUGUCAAUCAACAAUUCACAGUGACGGGGUCCGCGGUCGGAAAUAGGAGUGAGGCUAUUGAGACAUUGGAGUUUGCUAAAAGGGGUAUCAUCAAGGUUCAUUCCCGAAUUGAGAAGAUGGAGGCUUUGACAUCUGUCUUUCAAGAAAUGGCCGAUGGAAAUUUGCACGGUCGUGUCGUUCUUGAUUUAUCAAGUUAG